UUUUGGUUGGAAACGCGUGCUUUUCAUUUUUUUGCUCUGAAUAAUAAUCAGCUCUCUCUCAUCUUUGCCUUUUGCAUUUCGAAGGAAAGAAGAAGCAGAAGAAAUUAAUAAAGGCCGUGAACGCAAGUUUGCGCUUGUCUAACACUGAUACAAUUACAAUCUUCCACGUUUCUUUGUUUCGUAAAUAGCAAGGAACGUAGAAAUCUCAAACAAAACAGAAGAAUUUCAGAAACAGGAGUAUUACAAAAAGAAAUGGAUAGUUUGUGUCUGAAAACAGGGAUUCAUGCAAUAACGCCGCCGAUCUCGGUGGCCGGAGGAGGCCUCGAGGUCCGUACUAAUCCGUCUCAGGUGAGCGCGGUGGGGAAAUCAACGGCAACGACAACGACGAAGAAUACGACGCCGUUUUCGAGAUUCUCGUUCAAGUAUCCGUUGAAAUCGUUCUGGCCUGGAAGAGGAGGAGGAGGUGGAGGAGGACGAGGAGGAGAAGGUAGAUGCGGUGGAAUGGCGCUCGACGACGCCGUUUUGGUGGAGGACGUUGAGGAGAAGGUGAGCGAGGAUGAGAAGGUCGAGACUGGAAACUGGAUUUUGAAGAUUUUGCAUGUGAGGUCGCUAUGGAGGGAUGAGGAACAGGGGAAGAGUUGUGGUACGCUGCAGGAGGAGGAGAAUGCUGAUGAUGAUCGGAGAAAAGGAUCGGACGGUGGAGAUGAAGAUGACGGUGAGGGAUGUGAUGGUUGUAGAGUAGAAGAUGAUGACGAAAAAGAGGCUGAAUUUGAUAGAGAUUCGUUUUCGAGAUUGCUUCGGAAAGUGUCGUUAGCCGAGGCCAGAUUGUUCGCUCAAAUGUCCUAUUUGGGGAACUUGGCUUAUUGCAUUCCCAAAAUCCAGCCAGGAAACCUGCUAAGAUGUUACGGUCUGCGUUUCGUGACUUCGUCGAUAGACAAAAGGGAAUUGGCAGCAAAAACUGAGAAAAAUCAGGAGUUGGCUGAAAUUCAAGAACAACUAAGUGAUACAAAAGAAUCAGACACCAAGGAAGUGGAAACUCAGAAAAACAACGGUCAAUAUACAAAAGAAUCAGACACCAAGGAAGUGGAAACUCAGAAAAACAAUGGUCACCAAAUAAGCGCAUCGACGGCUUACCAGGUUGCUGCAUCUGCAGCUUCUUACCUGCAUUCUCAUACCACCAGCAUACUUCCCUUUAAAUCCUCAAAAAGCGAGGUUGGGGAAGAUUCGCGUGAAGAAAGCAGUGGUAGUAGGAUGACAAACUCAGAAAUGGUUUCGCUGAUGGCUACCACAGAUUCCGUUACCGCGGUAGUUGCCGCGAAGGAAGAAGUGAAGCAGGCUGUCGCAGACGAUUUGAAUUCGACGCAUUCUUCACCUUGUGAGUGGUUUGUGUGCGACGAUGAUCAGAGUGGCACAAGAUUUUUUGUCAUUCAGGGGUCCGAGACUCUUGCUUCCUGGCAAGCAAAUUUACUCUUUGAGCCAAUUCAGUUUGAGGGGCUUGAUGUGAUUGUGCAUAGAGGUAUUUACGAGGCUGCGAAAGGGAUGUAUGAACAGAUGCUGCCUGAAGUCCAAGCGCAUCUGAAAUCCCACGGAGACCGGGCGAGGUUCCGUUUCACUGGCCAUUCCCUUGGGGGAAGUUUAGCAUUACUAAUAAAUCUCAUGCUGCUGAUACGGAACGAGGCACCAGUUUCCUCCUUACUACCUGUGAUAACUUUUGGUGCACCAUCCGUCAUGUGCGGAGGCGAUAAUCUUCUUCGCAAGCUAGGAUUGCCGCGAAGUCAUGUUCAGGCAGUCACAAUGCACAGGGAUAUCGUCCCUAGAGCCUUCUCUUGCAAUUACCCUAAUCAUGUGGCGGAGUUUCUCAAGGCUGUCAAUGGGAACUUCAGGAAUCAUCCUUGUCUCAAUAGCCAGAAGCUGUUGUAUGCUCCAAUGGGGGACUUUUUGAUUCUACAGCCGGACGAGAAAUUCUCUCCGAGCCAUGAACUUCUUCCCUCAGGCAUUGGUCUAUACCUUCUAAGCCGUCCAUUAUCAGACCUCAAUGAUCAAGCAGAGAAGCAGCUCCGAGAUGCAAAGGCUGUGUUCCUAAACUCACCUCACCCGCUCGAGAUUCUACGAGACCGCUCUGCCUAUGGGUCGGGGGGAACCAUCCAACGAGAUCACGACAUGAACUCGUACUUGAAAUGCGUAAGAGGGUUCAUCCGCCAAGAGCUGAACCGCAUUAGGAAGGUCAAGAGAGAGCACCGAAGGAAGGUCUGGUGGCCUCUAGUGGCUCCGCACGGCGUCAACGCUGGCAUUGUCAUUGGGAGGCCUGUCUCCACGGGAAUGAGCAACGUGGGCCAGGAGCAGUUCAACUUCUCUGGCAUUGUCCAAAAUGGAAAAGAGUCGUUGAAGCGCUUCAGUAGGCUUGUGGCGUCUCAGCACAUGCACUUGUUUGUUGUGCUUUUGUUCCCAGCAAGGAUGUUGCUCUUGGGGACAAACAGCGUGAUUAGUUUUCAUUGACCAAGCCUUACUGGAUUUUUUAUGGCUGGCCAAAAAAGAAAAAAAGAGAGAAAAAAGCAAAAGGAAAGCAUAUAAUGUUUUUCUCCUUAAUUUAUUGGUGGGACGGUUGUCCAGGUGGAAAUUGGAAGGAUUUUGGCGGCAGGUUGGUUAAAUUGAUUCUUUAUUCAUUCUUUUCCAAUGUUAGAAGCAAUUAAAGAUUGAGAUACGACAGUCUAGAAGACUUAUUCUUGAGACGAAACGACACUUGAACAGCAAGAUAUAAAAAAGAUUCCCUCCUGUUGUAAAUUCACUGGAUUAUCGUGAUUAUCCAUCUCUAUCUCUCUCUCUCUCGGUUUGAUUUCCUGAGAGUGAUUAGUGUUUUAAGAUUUUGAGGAAUUGAUUUUUCUUUCCCCCUUUGCUUAACGAAAUGUGAAACGUCAUUAGGGCUUGAAAAUGGAGUCUUGAUUCUUGCGUGGGGACGUUGGACAGUGUUUGGCACAAAAUGGUGAUUUUGUGGACUAUAUUCGGUUGCUUUGUCAAAUAUCUUACUGUUUCUCUCCAAUAAUUGGGCAACUGA